CUGCGCGGUCACGCUGAGCCAGCGCCCGGGCCUGGGACCGGGCCGCAGCCGCCUCCCCCUGCCUCUCCUCCACCAUGGAUCCCCGCAAAGUGAGCGAGCUUCGGGCCUUUGUGAAAAUGUGUAAGCAGGAUCCGAGCGUCCUGCACACCGAGGAGAUGCGCUUCCUGAGAGAGUGGGUGGAGAGGAUGGGGAUAACUCAUAAACCUAAAUCAGAAGAAAAUACCGAGGAAGAAAAAACAGAUAGCAAGAAGUCGGAAGAAAACAUUAAGAGAGAUGAGCCAUCAAGUGAGGAAAGUGAUCUAGAAAUUGAUAAUGAAGGUGUAAUUGAACCAGACACUGAUGCUCCUCAAGAAAUGGGAGAUGAAAAUGCGGAGAUAACCGAGGAGAUGAUGGAUCGAGCAAAUGAAAAGAAAGGGGCUGCCAUUGACGCCCUGAAUGAUGGUGAACUACAGAAAGCCAUUGACUUGCUCACAGAUGCUAUCAAGCUAAAUCCUCGCUUGGCCAUUCUGUAUGCCAAGAGAGCCAGUGUCUUCAUCAAAUUACAGAAGCCAAAUGCUGCCAUUCGAGACUGUGACAGAGCCAUUGAAAUAAAUCCUGAUUCAGCUCAGCCUUACAAGUGGCGAGGGAAAGCCCACAGACUUUUGGGCCACUGGGAAGAAGCAGCCCACGAUCUUGCUCUUGCCUGUAAACUGGAUUAUGAUGAUGAUGCUAGUGCAAUGCUGAAAGAAGUUCAACCACGGGCCCAGAAAAUUGCUGAACAUCGGAGAAAAUAUGAGCGAAAACGUGAAGAGCGAGAGAUCAAAGAAAGAAUAGAAAGAGUUAAGAAGGCUCGAGAAGAACAUGAGAGCGCCCAGAGGGAGGAAGAAGCCAGACGACAAGCAGGAGCUCAGUUUGGCUCUUUUCCAGGUGGCUUUCCUGGAGGAAUGCCUGGUAAUUUUCCUGGAGAAAUGCCUGGAAUGGGAGGGGGUAUGCCUGGAAUGGGAGGGGGUAUGCCUGGAAUGGCAGGAAUGCCUGGGCUCAAUGAAAUUCUUAGUGAUCCAGAGGUUCUUGCAGCCAUGCAGGAUCCAGAAGUUAUGGUGGCCUUCCAGGAUGUGGCCCAGAACCCAGCAAAUAUGUCAAAAUAUCAAAGCAACCCAAAGGUUAUGAAUCUGAUCAGUAAAUUGUCAGCCAAGUUUGGAGGUCAAGCAUAAUGCCCACCUGACAAAACCCUUACUGAAGGAAAAGCAACCUAGAUCACUUAAUGGCUGUCGAAAUAAUACAAACCAGUGUACAUCUGACCUCAUCAGGAGAGCUGGGGUGCUUUGAAGAUAAUCCCUACCCCUCUGCAGCAAAUCCAGUUGAAGCAUUUUACAAUGGUUUGCCAUUAGGGUGUUCAUUCAGAUAAUGUUUUCCUACUAGGAAUUACAAACUUAAAACACUUUUUAAACCUUAAAAAUAUUUAAAACUCAAGGGGGUGUUAUUUCCUACAUUUUUAUUUACUAAUCAUUUUGGAUUUUUUCUUUGAUAUUGGGCAAGGCAGAUACUAACUAUGGAAAAUACAUAGCUGUAAGGUGAGUGAAAUAAAGACUUACUAGUGGGAAGUAAAUAAAUCUCAUUUACAUAGAUAAAA